AUGUGUCAGAGGAAAUAUGCACUCGAGCUGCUGUCUGAGUCUGGUCUAUCAGGAGGAAAACCAGCACUCACUCCACUGGAAUUCAAUCACAAGCUUACUUCCAUAGAGUUUGAUAAGUUGUUCAACAAGGAGGACUUGUCUGAUGACAGGUUGCUUGAAGACAGAAGUGGCUAUCAAAGAUUAGUAGGAAGGUUGUUCUAUUUGACCAUGACUAGACCUGACAUAGCAUUUAUGGUACGGGUUCUGAGUCAGUUCAUGUAUGCUCCCAAACAGUCACAUCUAGGUGCUGCUAUGAGAGUUAUCAAGUACAUUAAGAACAAUCCUGGUCUUGGGUUAUUUCUACCAUCAACUGGCAGUCAAAAGCUGGUUGCCUUCUGUGAUUCAGAUUGGGGAGCUUGUGUAGAGACAAGAAAGUCAGUUACAGGUUAUGCUGUGAAGUUUGGAGAUGCCUUAAUCUCCUGGAAAUCAAAGAAGCAAGGAACAGUUUCACGAAGCUCAGCUGAAGCAGAGUUCAGAAGGGGUUAG